AUGGCCGACUAUCCAUCCACGGACUACAGCGACGAGGAUUGUGAUGGCUACGUCCCACAGGGGGACCGUACGUCGAUGAGCUCCGACGACGACGACGACGGAGACUACUCGGAAGAUACCCAGACCGAGACCGAGGCGUACUCCUACGAGGAGGAGGAGUUCUACGACUACGAGUACGAGUACGAAGAAGCCAAGGACCGCUACCUCAACGCUUCCUUCGAGAUAUUCGACGACGAGUUCUACGCCGACGAUGAGAAGGAUGACGAUGACGAUGACGAUGAUGAUGAUGGCGCGCAACCGCCAUCGAAGAGGGCGAAGAGGCAGUAG